AUGCGCGCUCAGUAUGCUCGCGCGCACGUCCCACUCAAGUCUUGUGCCCACGUGAUCAAAUUGUUAUUAAUCUAUGAAUUUAUCAAUUUAAUUUAUAGUGUUUGUUUUUACAAAAACAGUGGCAUUAUGGAUCGCAUUAAUUUCACGAUUAAUGGAGAGCGGUAUUCUUUAACGGGCACUGAAGUUAGUCCAGAAACGACCCUGAAUGAUUACCUGAGGAAUUACCUGCAGCUGUAUGGCACCAAGGCGAUGUGUCAUGAGGGAGGCUGCGGCGCAUGCGUGGUGUCCGUCUCACAGGUCCACCCUGCCACUAAGGAGAAACAUAUCUUUUCUGUUAAUUCUUGUUUAGUCCACAUAUUAUCGUGCCACGAUUGGGACAUAACGACUGUUGAAGGUAUAGGGAACCGCAAAGAUGGAUACCAUGCCAUCCAGGACCGUUUGGCGACGUUCAACGGCACCCAGUGUGGGUACUGCACUCCAGGGUGGAUCAUGAAUAUGUACAGCCUGGACAAGUCUACCAAGAACCUGACGACGCAGCAGGUGGAGAACUCAUUUGGUGGCAACAUGUGCCGCUGCACUGGCUACCGACCUAUCCUGGAUGCCUUCAAGAGCUUCGCCUCCGACACUGACCCAGAGUUACAAGACAAAUUACAGGAUCUAGAAGAUCUCCACAUAAAUAAAUGUGCAAAGAAAUGUUCUCGGAAAUGCAGCACAUCAGAAGAUGAAUGGUGUCUUAUAGAGAAUCCAGAAGAAUCUUUGAAAGAGUUAAGGACUGAUGUGGGACGCUGGUACAAGGCGUAUAGCAUACCAGAUGUGUUUAAGGUGCUGACGCGCGAAGGUACAGAUAGUUACCGACUAGUUGCUGGUAACACUGGAAAAGGAGUAUACGCAUUACCAUCAGAGCCAAAGGUCUUGAUAGACAUUUCGUCGAUAGAGACUCUAAAACUGGUGCAGUCUGAUGAAAAUCUGAUCCUAGGCGCUGGAAUGUCCCUCAGUGAUGUCAUGAAGACCUUCCAGAAGUGGAGCAAGCAGAACCAGGACUUUAGCUACCUGGAAACCCUGUAUAAACACCUGGAUUUAGUUGCACAUGUUCCAGUGAGGAAUGUGGGCACUAUAGGAGGAAAUUUAUCUUUGAAGAAUCAAUACCGUGACUUCCCUUCUGACGUAUUUCUGAUUUUAGCUACUGUAGGAGCUACUAUAACAGUCGUUAAUAACAAACUUAAUAAAGUGGAGUUGAAAACUAAAGAGUUUUUAACAGCAAACUUGAAAGAUAAGCUGAUAUCUGAUGUGAAACUACCUCCUUUAUCGAGGGACAACCUCAUCAGGACUUAUAAGAUAAUGCCGCGGGCUCAAAACGCACACGCCAUUGUGAACGCCGGUUUUCUUUUUAAACUGGAUGCAGACAAACGCAUCAAGUAUGCGAACAUUAUCUAUGGUAACAUCAGUCCUACGUUCAUUAAAGCGUCACAGACAGAAAGCCUGCUCGUUGGGCAGAAUUUGUUUACCAAUGAGGUGUUAUUGAGAGCUCUUAAGAAGUUGGAAGAAGAAAUAAUUCCAGUGGAAAUACCCCCGGAACCAUCUACAAGCUGCAGGAAGAGCUUGGCUUUGGGAUUGUUUUAUAAAGCAGUACUGUCACAUUUCUUGGACGUGAACCCUCGUUAUAAGUCUGGAGGCAGUAUACUGGAGCGGCCCAUGUCAAGAGGCACACAGAACUACGAGACCGACAAGACAUUAUGGCCGCUCAAUAAACCUGUUCCUAAACUUGAAGCGCUUGCACAGUGUUCCGGUGAAGCUACAUACGUCUGUGACAUAAACUAUGGCUUGCGCGCAGUGCACGUGGCCUUCGUGCUGUCCAACGUCGCUCGAGCUGAGUUGGAAGAGUUCGAUGCCACUGAAGCACUGAAAAUUCCAGGCGUCGUUGCCGUCUUCAGUUCCAAGGACAUACCAGGAAGGAACUCCUUUACACCUAAUGAGGUUCCCUGGAUGGGAGUAGACGAAGAGAUCUUUGCGUCGAAGAACAUCUACUACUAUGGUCAGCCAGUAGGCGUGGUGGCUGCCGCUACUAGAAGAACAGCAUUAGCUGCUGCUGAGCUGGUCAAAGUGAAGUACAAGAAGCUGGCUGGCAAACCUGUGUUGACUAUUAAAGACGCUUUGGAAUCACCUGACAAGGAAAAAAGACUUCGUAAAGAUGCAACGAUAGAACCGACAACCAAAGGCACUGACAUCCAGCACACAAUAACUGGGACCUUCAACGUCCCCUCUCAGUACCACUACACCAUGGAGACACAGAGCUGUACCACGCAGGUCACAGAGAACGGACUGGUGGUCAGGUCAGCGACCCAGUGGAUGGACCUGGUCCAUGUUGCUGUGUCCAAGGCACUCAAUAUUGAUGAGAACCGCGUUCUCGUAGAAGUGCCACGAGUGGGCGGGGCAUACGGUGGCAAGGCGUCACGAUCGGCACUGAUAGCGUGCGCGUGCGCUCUAGUUGCUCACAAACUGAACAGAAGCGCUACACUUGUGAUGCCCCUCAAUCAGAACAUGCAAGCUAUUGGCAUGCGUUCAGCUUGCGAGUUCCAGUAUGAGUGUGGAGUCAACAAUGACGGUGUGAUCCAAUACCUGAACGUGACCUACUAUUCCGACUGCGGGUGCUCAUACAACGACUCUGCGGGAAGUGACAUAGCCACGUCCAUCAUAAACCUGUACUCAACGGAGACCUGGAAGGUCACAGGGUACAGUGUACUCACUGACAAAGCGAGCUCAACUUGGUGUAGAGCGCCUUCAACAACUGAAGGCAUCGCGUUCGCAGAACACAUAAUGGAAAGAAUCUCUCACGCCACUAAAAAGGACCAUGUCGAAGUAAGACUGAAAAACCUAUCACCAAAACACGACACAGUCAGAGAAAUGAUCUCAUCAUUCAAAAUGGACACUAAUUUCGAAGACCGAAAAGUUGAAAUCACAAAGUUUAAUCAAGAAAACGCUUGGAAGAAACGUGGGUUGAAACUGUCUAUCAUGUCCUACCCUAUAAUAUACUCCUGGAAUUUCCCUGUCACUAUAUCGGUGUACCAUGCUGAUGGUACAAUUGCUAUUUCUCAUGGGGGUAUUGAAAUGGGUCAAGGUAUUAACACAAAGAUUGCCCAAGUGUGUGCAUAUGCCUUAAAAGUUCCUCUACAGAAAGUGACCGUUAGAGGGAGUAACAGCUUCGUGUCUCCUAACUCUAUGGCUUCGAAUGGCAGCCUCACCAGUGAAUCGGUUGCAUACGCUACUCUAAAAGCCUGUGAAGAUCUCAAUAAAAGGCUAGAAGCAGCUAGAAAUGAUCUCAAUGAACCGACUUGGGAGCAAGUUGUUAAUCAAGCUUACCAAAAAGGCAUAAACCUUCAGACGACGUACAUGACGUCACCAAACGAUGGUCUCGUCGGGUACAAUGUAUACGGCGUGUGCGCAGCCGAGGUGGAGCUUGACGUACUGACGGGGAACCACAUGGUGAGGCGUCUGGACCUUCUCGAGGAUACAGGAGUCAGCAUGAGCCCGGAGAUUGAUGUGGGACAGAUUGAAGGAGCCUUCAUCAUGGGCUUAGGUCUUUGGACUUCAGAGAAACUAGUAUUCGAGAACUCUACUGGCCGUCUACUGACGAAUAGGACCUGGAACUACAAGCCACCUGGAGCUAAGGAUAUUCCAGUGGACUUCAGGAUUAUGUUCAGACGAAACUCCAGUAACCCCGCUGGGGUUCUGAGAUCAAAAGCGACUGGCGAGCCAGCGCUCACACUAGCAGUGGUAGUGACACAUGUGCUGCACGACGCCAUUGUUGAAGCUCGCUCCGAGUUCGGAUACGACAACAAAGACUGGCUGUUUAUCGAGACACCGUACAGUAUAGAAAACAUUCUCAAAGCGAUAUCACAUAAAAUAGAAAGUUUUAAAUUAACGUAA